ACAGCCCAUCACUUAAUACUGGGUGCCUGGCUACCAACGUCAACGACACUAGGUGAACAGGCCAGUGGCCCGUCUCGGCGUGGCACGCGCCAACCUACUCCGUUCCUUUUAGUGCGACGAAUUGUAGUACUUGCGUUUCGUCUGUACUUAAAGCUUGCGCGUGCCCUUCAUAUGGACCAUCGUGCAGUGGCUGAAGUCUAAGCAUCAUGUCUCCAACCUCGGCGAACGGUUCCUCAGGGCUCGCGAAAGUCUUCAACAACGCCUCGAUACCGCAUAUCUUUGGCACUUUAAUUGGUUUUCUGGUUCUCCGCUUCAUCGCUAGAGCCAUCUACCGCAUAUACUUCCAUCCUCUCCGACACUUUCCUGGACCUAAACUUUACGCUGCGACACGAAUUCCAUACCACAUUGCUGCCUGGCAAGGAACACGAGACAAAGUCUUCCAAGACCUACAUCGAAAGUAUGGGCAUGUUGUCCGUAUCAACCACGACGAACUGAGUUUCACGGAUCCAAAUUCCUGGAAAGAUAUCUACGGUCAUGGUUCGAAAGGCACGGUAGGACAUGUUCCUCAUAAGGCCUGGUCCAAAUACGCCACACCACAGAACGGUGCAAUCAGCCUCGUCGUCUCGUCCGACCAAGAUCACAGUCGUCAGCGCAAAAUCUUCACACCCGCGUUCUCGGAUCGAGCCUUGAAACAACAAGAACCCCUCUUCGUCAAGUACGUUGACAAACUUGUCUCUGUCUUGAGGAACACCAUCGAAAAGGAUCCAAACGAGAAGAUCGACAUGGUCAGGAUGUACAACUUCACCACCUUCGAUGUCAUGGGUGAUCUGACCUUUGGUGAACCAUUGCAUAUGCUCGACAAUGCUGAAUACGACCCCUGGGUCAGCAUCAUCUUUGGCAGUCUGAAGGUUCAAUCGUACUUCGGCAUCCUAAUGUCGUAUCCCUGGUUUUGGCAGGCAUUCAAGAGAUGCCUACCCGAGUCUUUCAACCAGAAGCGGGUGAACCAUUUCAACCACUCCGUGACGCGCGUCACAAAGCGCCUUGAAAAAGGCCUCAAUAGCGAGGGGGUCGAUUUAUGGGAUCUGGUGCUAAGCCAAAAGGAAGGACGAGGCCUGACCCGAGGCGAAAUGGACGCAAACUCCGCCCUCUUCAUGAUCGCCGGAACGGAAACAACAGCAACGCUAGUUUCAGGCAUGACAUACCUGCUCCUGCGCAACCCAGACUGCAUGGAGAAGCUGAACAACGAGAUCCGCAGCGCGUUCGACAGCGACGCUGACAUGACCAUGGAGCGACUCGCUGCGUUACCCUACCUAGCUGCCUGUAUUAAAGAAGCUUUCCGUCUCUACCCGCCCGUUCCUCUUGGACUCCCGCGUCUCACACCGCAAGACGGCAGUACCGUUGUAGGCCAAUACGUACCACCUGGCACUAUUGUUUCGAUCCCGCAACAUGCCAUGUACACGUCCGACAAGAAUUUCAAGAAGCCUUUGGAGUUCCUUCCGCAGAGAUGGUUGGGCGAUUCCGAGUUUGAUAGCGAUGAGAAGCACUGUCUUCAGCCGUUCUCUGUUGGCUCGAGGGAUUGUGUUGGCAAGAACAUGGCAUACCACGAGAUGCGCCUGCUUGCCGCCAAAGUCUUCUACAACUUCGAUCUUGAGCUCUGCCCCGAGAGCCGCGAUUGGAUUGAGCAGAAAACAUUCAUCCUCUGGGAGAAACAUCCUUUGAUCUGCAAACUCAAGGCUGUGAAUUAGAUAGCGUCGUAGUCGGAUUAGAUUAAGGAGUUGGUGGAGCAAUGCAAUGUAUUUUAUAGAAGCCUUCGCGUCGUUCUCUCGAAUUCG